AGAGACUCUUUAUAUUGAUUGAUUUAAUUAUUUAUUCUCUCUUCCUCUUUGAUGGCUUGGUGAAUGAUUAAAUGAGCAUUACAAAAAUAAAAUGCCCCAAACAGUACCUAACAUGGGGACACUUCAGCAUGAAAGUUAAGUACUAAAUUAAAUUAGCUUAUGUCAAAACUCCUGGAAUUAUAUAGUUGCCUUGUAAUGGUUGAUACAAUGUGCUCAUUCUUCAAACAAAGAAAAAAAAAAAUGGAAAAAAGCAAUUUUCUAACAAAUCUAGUUCUAAUACUUCUGUUGUCAUAUGUAAAUGCAACGACAUCAGGCCCUAAAUGGCCUAAAGCUCGAAAGCACUUCGUGCUAGUUCAUGGGGCUUGCCAUGGAGCCUGGUCUUGGUACAAGAUAAUAGCAUCGAUAAAAAAUUCAGGGCAUAACGUAACAGCUCUGGACUUGGGUGGUUCAGGGGUCAACCCAAAACAGGUCCUUGAAAUCCCCCAUUUAUUGGACUACUUUAGUCCGCUAAUGGAGUUCAUGAAUUCUCUUCCAGCAAAAGAAAAAGUGAUUCUUGUUGGUCAUAGUCUUGGUGGAUUUGCCAUUUCUAAAGCUAUGGAAAUCUUUCCUGAGAAGAUUUCAGUUGCUGUAUUUGUAACUGCUGUCAUGCCUGGUCUAGUUCUCGAUGCAGCCACCAUCUAUAAUGAGUCAUCCAGCGGAGCUACUAAUCUUGAUAAUCGUAUUACAUUUGAUAAUGGACCUACCAAUCCUCCAACAACCUUCAGCUUUGGUCCGAAGUACUUGGCGAGUUAUGUUUAUCAACUGAGCCCAAUUCAAGACUGGGCACUGGCUACUACAGUAGUAAGGCCGUUGUAUCUUUACAGUUUGGAUGACAUAUCAAAGGAGAUAGUUCUUUCAAGCAAGAAGUAUGGAUCAGUUAGGCGAGCAUAUAUUGUGUCGGCUGAUGAUAAAGUUCUAUCGAAGGAAUUUCAACAGUUAAUGAUUGAAAAGAAUCCACCAGAUAUGGUGGAAGAGAUUUCAGGAUCUGAUCACAUGCCCAUGAUGUCAAAACCCCAUCGACUUUUUACGCUUCUUAUGCGUAUAGCCAACAAAUGACAAGAUAUCUUGUUAUCUUAAUCCAGCUUGUAUUACAUAUUCAUGAUGAAUAAUGCGUAAUUGAGAUAACAUUAGAUUAAGGUUAUUUGUAGAUCUUUAAUUUUCUUUUCAAUGAGAAAGUAUAUGCUAUUUCUUGUAAGCUUAAUUUUCGUAUUUGUAAUUAUCGAUAUUCUCUAUAGCAAUAAAGGUUGAAGAUUAGAAAAAGUAA